AUGUCUCAGCCAAAAGUCUUCUCUUCCCCUGCAAGGAUUCUCUCUUGGGAUGAGGAUCGAUCACCGGCCACUCAAUCCACCUUCCCUCGCUUAACACCGGCCUCGGUGAAAAUGGCCCUCGACGGGCUCAAUGCCUCUGUCACCAGCAGCUAUCAGAUGCUAUAUCUCCCUGCCGGGCCCGGCUGUGAAAAGGAUGGAUCGGCCGUGUUUGUCUUCACUGAUCUCAUUGAGUCUGAAGAUUUCGAGGGCAGGAAGGGGAGCUUCAUGACUCAGGGCACAGGAAAGUUUGACGCAACAAAGCACCGAGUAGAGGGCACGUUUGAAAUUGUCCCCCGAAGUGGGAAGGGAGAUCUUGGAGAGUUGUUCAAGGAAGGUGGGAAUGGCAGUUUUCUGUCAGAUGAAAAGAACCCAAGUCAAGUGAAUUACAGAUUUGUUCUCACCUAA